UACUCCUAAAACACCAAUCAAGGUUUCUCACUUAGUCUCCAUCAAACAAAGGCAUCAUAACGGAAUCAUGGCUUCAUCAUCAUCAGCGAAGAUAACCAUUCCAACAUCAUCCACUUUUAGCCCUAGCCUUGGAAUUGAAUUAUUGACUGGGGCAAACUUUGCCACAUGGAGGGAUACGGUUAAACUUACUCUUGGUAUGGUGGAUCUUGAUUAUGCCCUGAGACAUGACCCUCCUGCUGCUCUGACUGCUGAAAGCAAUGCAGAUCAGAAAAUAGAGCAUGAAAAGUGGGAAAGGUCUAACAGAAUGUCUCUUAUGGUUAUCAAGAAUUCCAUCUCAAGUGCCAUUAGGGGAGCUAUACCUGAUUCAGAGAAUGCUAAAGAAUAUCUGAAUUCAGUUGAGGAGCAAUUCAAGGGAUCUUCUAAAGCACAUGCAAGUUCUCUAAUUUUGAAGAUGCUUACCACAAAAUAUGAAGGGACUAGUGGUGUGCGUGAGCACAUAAUGAUGAUGAGCGACAUGGCCCAUAAAUUAAAGGGAUUAGACAUGGAAAUAAGCGAUGGUUUUCUAGUGCACUUCAUCAUGACUUCUCUCCCUGCACGUUUUAAUGCUUUUAAGAUCAACUAUAACACUCAGAAAGACAAAUGGUCAAUGAGUGAGUUGAUAGCAAUGUGUGUGCAGGAGGAGGAACGUUUGAAACUAGAACAACCAGAAGUUGCUUAUAUCGCUACCACUAAGUCAGUGAAAAGGAAGGGAAAUUUUAAAGGGGAAAGUUCCAAAGUCCAGAAAACGAAUUCAAAUACUAUUUCCAGCCCUAAUGUCUCCAAGGGACAGUCUCGUUGCAAGUUCUGCCAUAACAAAGGGCACUUGCAACGAGAUUGUUCAAAAUUCAAGGAAUGGCUGGCUAAGAAAGGGAUUCCUUACAAUCCAGAGGCUGGAAAGAAACCAAAGAACACUUAGAACGGGAGGAGGGGAAGAACUUGAAGUUGAGGCCAUAGGAACCAUGCAACUUAUUAUGAAAAAUGGUCAUUGUAUUAAACUUUAUGAUACAUUAUAUGUAC